UAGCCACGGAUGGAGCACCAGCCAUGAUGGGAUCUGUGAACGGGCUUGUGGGGCUGUGCAAAGCUGACCAAACUAUUCCUGACUUUUGGAAUUUCCGCUGCAUCAUCCACAUGGCGCAACUCGUGUCUAAAUCAUUGAAUUUAGAUAACGUCAUGAAGCCUGUGAUGGAAAUCGUCAACUAUAUCCGCACACAUGCGCUUAACCACAGGCAAUUCAAGAAUCUCAUCGCUGAGCUGGACCAAGGGCUUCCAGGUGACCUGCCGCUGCACUGCACUGUGGGGUGGCUGUCAAAAGGCCAGGUACUCUCUCGCUUCUUUGAGCUUUUGGAUGCCGUGAAACUGUUUAUGGAAGAGAAGGACAAGGACUAUCCCGAGCUCUCGGACCUCAAGUGGAUUAUGGAUCUGGCCUUUUUAGUCGACAUGAUGUGUCACUUGGACAGACUGAACCUGACCCUGCAGGGUAAGUUAAAAAUGCUGCCUGAUCUGGUGCAAAGUGUGUUUGUGUUUGUCAACAAACUGAAGCUGUUCAAGACACAUAUUCAAAAGGGAGAUUUAACGCAUUUUCCCACUCUGCUAAAAGCCAGCGGGCAAGUCGCCAGCACCGCUCUGAGUAAGCAAAGAGCCAGAUAUGCAACGCUGAUUGAAAACUUGCACGAAAGUUUUGUGACCCGGUUCCAUGAUCUACAAUUGAAAAGGCCACAGAUUACGUUCCUCGUCGACCCAUUUAAUGCAGAGACCGACUGUUUGAAAGUCCCGCUAGUCACAGAUGAAGCUGCGGCUGAGUUGGAGAUGAUCGAUCUUUGUGAGGAGGACCAAUUGAAACCUGCUUUAAGGGAAGGGACCAUUGAUUUCUGGAAAGGUGUGCCAAUGGAAAAAUACCCCAAUGUCAAACGGGCUGCGCUUAAGAUACUGUCAAUGUUUGGGUCAACAUACGUCUGCGAGUCUGUGUUUUCUACCCUAAAACAUGUGAAAUCAAAGCAUCGAUCUAUUCUGACUGACACUCAUGUGAAAGAAUUGCUUCGAGUGGCAACAACGGAAUACAAGCCAGAUUUGAAGAGGAUUGUUCAAGGCAAGGAAUGCCAGAAGUCCCACUAAACAACAUGCAUUGUAAAAGUAAAUGCUAUUGUAGAUUAUUAUAUUUUUGUUUGUGGACUUGGUUGAACAGAGAGUUUGUGUGUGAGACAGUGCACACAAUGUUCAUUGUUGAAAAUGACUGGCCUGUGGUUUUAGUACUGUAGGAGUCCAUUUCUGUCAUUAUCAUGUUGGUGUGUGACAUUUACAAUAAAUCUGGCUGAGCAGAGAUGUGUGUAUUUUUGUGUGUGUGUGUGUGUGUAUCAACAAAAGGGUCCAGUUGAAAGGCAGCUAGAGAACCUGAGAACCAUCAUCUACAGCUAUGGGGUUGAGCGGUUUGGGGUAAAAAACAAGAGUCAUAGACAGCAGAAAGGCCCU